CUGGGGGCCCGAGCCCCACGCCAGCAGGGCCGCAGGCGCUGGACAUGGACAGCUGCCUGGACUCAUCUGUGCUGGACAGCUCCGUACUUGCCUUCCCGGGACUCGGCGCUGAGGCCUUUGCUGGACAAAUGAAACACGACUUAUUUGUGGAGGAUUCUAAAAGCCUGGUGUGCUGGCCAUCCAGCGAAGGCACCCUCAGUUGGCCAGACUUGCUGAGUGACCCGUCCCUCAUGGGCAGCACCCUGCAGCGGCUGGCCCGGGGCCGGAUGGGCCGCACGCCGGGCCCAGAGGAUGACAGUCUCUCCCUGGUCAGCCCCUCCUCACCUGCCAAAUACUUCUCAGCUUCAGAUGAAGACCUGAUCCGGCAGAUCCUGGCUGAAGGGGCUGGCAGCCUGGCCCCUACCCAGGACACUCAAGGAGAAACGGACCUGCUCACUGGCGUGUGCAGCGCCCCUGGUGAGAGGAAUCAGACGCUGAUGCUGCCAGGGGAGAGGGGGCUACCCAGCCCGAGCCUGACGUGGGAGCAGCCCCAGCCGGCAGAGCUGUCCAGGACAGGGCUGGUGGAGGGUCUGCGGAAGCGACUGCUGCCGGCCUGGUGUGCGCCCCUGGCCCACGGGCUCAGCCUGCUCCUGGUGGCCGUGGCCGUGGGGGUGUCAGGGUGGGUCGGCGCUGGCUUCCCCCCCAGCGUGUCUGUCAUGUGGCUCCUCUCAAGCAGCUCCAGCUUCCUGGCUUCAUUCCUCUGCUGGGAGCCACUCAAGGUCCUGCUGGAAGCUCUGUAUUUCUCGCUGGUGGCCAAGCGGCUGCACCCUGAUGAGGAUGAUACCCUGGUGGAAAGCCCGGCUGUGACGCCCGUGAGCGAGCGUGUGCCCCGUGUGCGGCCGCCCCAUGGCUUUGCGCUCUUCCUGGCAAAGGAGGAAGCCCGAAAGGUCAAGAGGCUGCACAGGAUGCUGAGGGGCCUUCUGGUAUACAUGUUCUUCCUGCUGGUGACGCUGCUGGCCAACUAUGGGGAUACCUCGUGCCACGACCAUGCCUACCGCCUGCAGAGUGCCAUCAAGCAGGAGCUGGACAGCCAGGCCUUCCUGGCCAUCACCAGGUCUGAUGAGUUCUGGCUGUGGAUGUCCCACGUGCUGCUCCCCUACAUCCACGGGAACCCGUCCAGACCAGAGCUGGGGCCCCCACGACUGCGGCAGGUGCGGCUACAGGAAGCGCUCUGCCCGGACCCACCUGGCUCAGGGUCCCCUACGUGCUUAGCAGCCUCAGGUGGCUUCAGCACCAGCGACUACGGCAUUGGCUGGGGGAGUGCUGCCCACAACGGCUCUGAGAUGUGGGCCUACUCGGCGCCAGACCUGCUGGGUGUCUGGUACUGGGGCUCCUGCGCCGUGUAUGACAGCGGGGGCUACGUGCAAGAGCUGGGGCCCAGCCUGGAAGAGAGCCGCGCGCAGCUGGGCUUCCUGCAGCUGCACAACUGGAUCGACAACAGGAGCCGUGCAGUGUUCGUGGAGCUCACGCACUACAGCCCGGCGGUGGGGCUGCACGCCGCCGUCACGCUGCGCCUGGAGUUCCCGGUGGCCGGACACGCCGUAGCGGCGCUCAGCGUCCGCCCGUUUGCGCUGCGGCGCCUUAGCGCCGGUCUCUCGCUGCCGCUGCUCACCUCGGUGAGCCUGCUGUUGUUCGCUGUGUACUUCUCCGCGGCUGAGGUGCGCGCCUGGCGCAGGGAGGGGCGUGCGCGCGCCACGCGGCCUGGGACCUGGACGCGGUGGCUGCUGGUGUCGCUGACGGCGGCCGCAGCGCUGGUGCGCCUGGCCCAGCUGGGCGCCGCUGACCGACAGUGGACCCGCUUCCUGCGCGGCCGCCCGCGCCGCUUUACCAGCUUCGAGCAGGUGGCACAGCUCAGCGCCGUGGCUCGUGGCCUGACCGCCUCGUUGCUCUUCCUGCUUUUGGUCAAGGCUGCCCAGCAGCUGCGGUUUGUGCGCCAGUGGUCGGUUUUCGGCAAGACGCUGUUCCGGGCCCUGCCAGAGCUUGUGGGGGCGGCCUUAGGCCUGGUGGUGCUCGCCGUGGCCUACGCGCAACUGGCUGUCCUGUUGGUCUCCUCCUGCGUGGACUCACUUCGGAGCGCUGCCCGGGCCCUCCUGGUGCUGUGUCCCGGGGCUGGGGGUCCUGCCCUGUGCCCUGCGGGGUCCUGGCGCCUGUCCCCUGUGCUGUGCACGGGGCUUUGGGCCCUGCGGCUGUGGGGUGCUCUGAGGCUGGGGGCAGUCCUCCUGCGGUGGCGGUACCACACUCUGCGUGGGGAGCUGUACCGCCCAGCUUGGGAGCCGCAGGACUACGAGAUGGUGGAACUGUUCUUGCGCCGGCUGCGCCUCUGGAUGGGCUUCAGCAAAGUCAAGGAGUUCCGCCACAAAGUCCGCUUUGAAGGGAUGGAGCCCCUGCCCUCCCGCUCAUCCAGGGGCUCCAAGUCUUCUCCGGAUGUGCCCCCACCCAGCGGAGGCUCCGAUGCCUCCCGCCCCUCCACCUCCUCCAGCCAGCUGGAUGGGCUGAGCGUGGGCUUGGGCCGGCCGGGGCCCCGAGGGGAGCCCGAGCCCGAGCCCUCCCGUCUCCAAGCCGUGUUUGAGGCCCUACUUGCCCAGUUUGACCGACUCAACCAGGCCACGGAGGACGUCUACCAGUUGGAGCAGCAGCUGCAGAGCCUGCAUGGCCGCAGGAGCAGCGGGCCCACAGCCUCCCCUCCCCCUAGCCCCUCUCCAGGCCUGAGGCCAGUCCUGCCCAGCCGCCUUGUCCGGGUCAGUGGAGGCGUUGGCUUGGCUACAGGCCCCAGCAGGGCAUCCCUGCGGGCCAAGAACAAGAUCCACCCCAGCAGCACUUAGCCCCAGGGGAUCUGGGCUCAUGCCUCUUCUCUGGGGUGGGCCUGUGGCUUCACUCUGGCCCCUCAGAGCCAGAGCAGACACCGCUCAGUAUUAUUACCUUCUGCCACCCUCGAGGUUUCAGGCCAGGCAGAACAGCUGCACGCAGGUCCCCCAGAGAGCAGGCAGCACUUGUCUGUCUCUCUCUGUGGGCUUCAGCACUUUAAAGAGGCCGCGUGGCCAGCUAGGACCCAGGGUCCCCUCCCCAGUUCCCUGUGGGAGGACACAACAGUAUUGGACUGAGUGCCCGGCCUCUGAGAUGCUAAUUUAUUUCCCGAGUCCUCAGGUACAGCGGGCUGUGCCCGGCCCCACCUCCUGGGCAGACAUCUCCCCCUUGCUAAGGAUCCAGGCUAUGGGGGAUGGAACCUGCACCUCCUAUCAUCCUCCCCCCUAAAUUAUUACCUCCUCUGUCCCCCUGCUGAGUGCAUUCACCUCCAGCUGCCGCUGUGUGUCUAUUGUCUGUCAGUAAUUUAUGUGGGGUUAAAAUGUAUAUAUUUUUGUACGUCGCUUUAUUUUUCAAUAGGGCCAAGGAGCCUGGUGGCUGAAACAGCCUGUGCCCACUGUCACCCACCUUGAGGGGGAGCUGGGACUGCAGAGCUGGCCUCCCUCCCCAGACACCUGCCCACGUGGCUGGGGAAGCAACAGCCACUUCUCGGCUCCCAUUCUGGCCCUGGGCAGGUGCUGGGCAGAGAGGGUAGUUGGAGGGGUGCAACCAUCCCAGGCCAUUCUUGUCACCACCAUGGCCUUAUUCUCCUCCCCUGCCUAGGCCUGCUGGUGGGUCUGGGUGAGGGGCAGCACCAGUGCAUAGCACGGGGCCCUAGGGUGGGUAGGGGGAAAGAUCUCUCCCCGGGGGCUGGCUCCCGGGCCAGGGGAGGUGAGCAUGACAGUGCACGUGUGAGGCUUUCUUGAGGGCAAGGCCCCAACAGCAGCCUGGCAGGCCCCCUCCCCACUCCAGUGGGCAUGGCCAAAGCUACAGCCUUGAUCCCACCCAACAGACGAAGUCAAAUAAAUGAGUUGACUGAC